UUAACCCUAUCUUCUCUGACCAGCCGCAUGUUCUAAGCUCAAAAUCGGAAGGCACGCAGAGAGCUCGCAACGGCGGCAUCACAAUGAAGUUCAACAUUGCUAAUCCCACUACUGGAUGCCAGAAGAAGCUCGAGAUCGACGAUGACCAGAAGCUACGUGCAUUUUGGGACAAGAGGAUCUCACAGGAGGUCCUUGGUGAUGCUCUUGGAGAGGAAUUCAAAGGCUAUGUCUUCAAAAUCACUGGUGGCUGUGACAAGCAAGGAUUCCCAAUGAAGCAAGGAGUGUUGACCCCUGGUCGUGUUCGUCUUUUGCUUCACAGAGGAACUCCUUGCUUCCGUGGAUAUGGAAGGCGCAAUGGAGAGCGUAGGAGAAAGUCUGUUCGCGGGUGCAUUGUCAGCCCUGAUCUCUCAGUUUUGAACUUGGUGAUUGUGAAGAAGGGUGACAAUGAUCUUCCCGGCCUGACUGAUGUUGAGAAGCCAAGGAUGAGGGGGCCAAAGAGAGCAUCCAAAAUCCGCAAGCUGUUCAACCUCUCAAAGGAGGAUGAUGUGAGGAAGUAUGUUAACACCUACCGCAGAACCUUUACAACCAAAAAUGGCAAAAAGGUGAGCAAGGCUCCUAAGAUACAAAGACUGGUGACACCUUUGACACUCCAAAGGAAGCGAGCAAGGAUUGCUGACAAGAAGAAGAGAAUUGCCAAGGCCAAGUCAGAAGCAGCAGAGUAUCAGAAGUUGCUUGCAUCGAGGUUGAAGGAACAGAGGGAGCGCCGUAGUGAGAGCUUGGCCAAGAGGAGAUCCAAGCUUUCCAGUGCGGCUGCCAAGGCAACUGCGUAGGCCCUCAUUUCAGGGGUAGUGUGGUGAAGUUGUAAACUUCAUCCUAGUUUUUGGUAGUCCUUAUUUUCCAUGAGGGUGAUUGUGAUAAACAUUAAUGGUUUCUUUAUUAUGUUGAGUUUAUUGACGGAUUUGGCACCUAUUUGUUUGAGAGUUAAAUUGAAUUGAAGAUUUUCGUCUA